AUGAGACGCUCUUUCCUUUGGCUUGUCCUGCUGUUGCAGGCGGCCGUGGUGCUCUGUUCCGAUGCGCAAAAAGUCGUGAAGUUUGACAAUGAGAACAAACACAAAGAAGGACAAGAAGGUCAUGCACACAUUCAAACCGAUGUAGUUCCAGAGCAGGAUGCACCGCCUCCAAGGCAACCCGGGGCCGAGUUCGUUGAAUCGGCCAUGGAGCAGCUGCGGACACUGCCACCGAGAAUUUACCCGAGACGCGAACGCAGAUACACUCUCUUCUGGACGGUGGCUCGAUAUGCACUUAAAGCCGUACCUAGCCUUAAAGUCGCCCCGGUCCCGGGAAACACCCAAGCACAGGAGACGAAGGUCAGCGGGCCACUUUUGGAGGCUGUCAAGCUUCUGGAGCAAUCUGCCCUCCAGAACAACUCUGAUGCGAUUUAUCUUCUUGCCGACAUGAACUUUUACGGCAACUGGUCACAUCCCAGAGACUUAAAGGUCGCGUUCGGCCACUACCAGACCCUCGCGACACUCCAUGGGAACCGCACGGCACAAUACAUGGUUGGUCUUUACUAUGCAACGGGAAUCGGUCAUGUCGUCGCCCCCGACCAGGCAAAGGCGUUGCUCUACUACACCUUUGCGGCGAUUCAGGGGGACACACGCGCUGAGAUGGCAGUUGGCUACCGACAUCAUAGCGGCAUUGCGACACCCAAGAAUUGUGAGCUUGCAAGCAAGUACUACAAGAGAGUAGCGGACAAGGCGAUACAGUGGUAUCGGUCGGGUCCCCCUGGUGGUAUGGCGUGGGUGGUCGAGUCGUAUCGAAUUGCUGACGAACUUGGUGGAGUUUACGGCGAGGGAGCCAGUGCUUCCAGCGCCGGUAUGAAUGCAAUCAGAGUCAGUCCCAACUCAGACGCAAAUGCGGCCAUCGACGACGUCAUCGAAUAUCUGGACCUCAUGUCCCAGAAGGGCGAUGCGAAGGCGUCCUAUAACCUCGGGCGCAUCUAUUAUGACGGUCAAAGAGGACUGGACAGGGACUUGGACCUGGCCCGGAAGUACUUUUUCACUGUGGCUAAGCGAUACUGGAGAAAAGAUGGGCGGAUCAUGGAGAACCACAAGCCCGGUAUCGAGAAGACGGCAAGUAAGGCUGCUGGCUUUAUUGGCCGGAUGUACCUGAGGGGCGACGGAGUCGACCAGAGCUUCGAACAAGCAAAGAGGUGGUUCGAACGCGGCAUCUCCCAUGGAGAUGCUCAGUCGCAGCAUGGCCUUGGUCUCAUGAUGCUGCACGGGUACGGAACGCCAAAGAACAUUGCCAUGGCUACCGAUCUCUUCAAGGCAGCGGCCGAACAGGACUAUGCGCCUUCACAGAUUGAACUUGGCGUCCUUUACCUUGACCAGGGCGGUGCAGAAGACGUUCGUAUCGCAAACAACUACUUCGAGUUGGCGGCUAGAUACGGCCAAAUUGAAGCCCACUAUUAUCUUGCUGAGAUGGUCUACCACGGUGUUGGCAGAGACAAGACUUGCUCCAUGGCCCUGGGGUAUUACAAGAAUGUCGCUGAAAAGGCUGAACCUUUGGUCUCUCCAUGGGCUGAGGCAAAUCAGGCAUACUACUACGGCGAUCAUGAACUGGCGUUCUUGGAGUACGUCAUGGCCGCAGAGCAGGGUUACGAACGGGCGCAGAACAAUGUUGCUUUCAUUCUUGACCCGCUGAAGUCGAGCAUGCCGUUGCCCGACUGGCUCCCGGUGCCUCAAUGGCUUGCACUCAGCCACGCCCGUCCUAGCUUGCUAAAUAACCCUACGCUCACCCUUAUGUACUGGACUAGAUCCUCAAGACAGGCCAACGUAGAUUCGCAGGUUAAGAUGGGAGACUACUACUUUUACGGUAUCGGCUCCGAGCCGGAUGUGAACAAGGCCGUUCAGUGCUACACCGGUGCCUCGGAUUAUUCACAGAGCGCUCAAGCUCUUUGGAAUCUGGGAUGGAUGCACGAGAACGGUAUUGGCUUGACACAGGAUUUUCAUCUGGCCAAGAGGUACUACGAUCAAGCUCUGGAAGUCAACGAGGAGGCCUACCUCCCAGUUACCCUCAGCCUACUCAAAUUGCGCAUGAGAAGCGCAUGGAACACUUUCACGCACGGUCCUAUUCAUUCUAUUCAGGACGACCCCAAGCCGAAGAAGGACUGGUCCCUCGGUGAGUGGAUCGCCAACUUUCUACAAGACGACCAAUUAUUGUACGAUGACCCUUACUAUGAGGACAUAUUUGAUGAUACCAUCGGGGGCAGCCCUGAUGGCAACCCACUUGAGGACGAUGGCAUUGCCGAGAGCCUCAUCAUUGUAUUCCUUGCCCUCUCCCUCGUUCUUUUGCUGUACUAUAGGCAACAAAGACAGCAGCAGCAUCGCCGCGAGGAGGAGGCCGGGCAGCGCCAGCAACAACAGCGUCAGCAGGGCCAGGCUGCACCUGCACCUGUGCCGCAACAGGACCAAGGCUUGUUCCCUCAACCAGGAAAUCCGGAGUGGAACAACUGGGUUGCUGGCGGCAUCGGGCAUUGA